AUUUCCAUCUCCGUCCGAAGACAAGCCCCCCCUGGACUUCUUCCUCCGUGUACUCUCUCUCUCUCUCUCUCUCUCUCUCUUCUGCACCUCAAUAGUCAAAAGUCAACUUCCCGAGCUCUCUCUCUCUCUCUCACUCUCUCUGCGGCUUCUGAGAAUUCGGAUUGACCUCGAGAGGAAGGAAGACGAGGCCAAGGGGGAGCUCGAGCGAGCAGUAUCAUUCAUGGAGGAUCUGUUCGGGUGGCUGGUCUCCUUCUUCGCCGUCGUCGCCCUCAUCGUCGUCGUCAUCUACCAGCUCAUGUGCUUGGCCGAUCUGGAGUUCGAUUACAUAAACCCUUAUGAUUCUGCAUCACGGAUUAAUGCAGUGAUCUUACCGGAGUUUAUCGGACAGGGAGUCUUGUUGCUGUUUUAUGUCUUGACAAGACAUUGGGUUAUGGCCCUCUUGUGUGUGCCAUACCUCUAUUACAAUGUGACGCUGUACAAUCAGAAAAAGCACUUGGUAGAUGUUACUGAGAUAUACAACAUGCUCAAGUGGGAAAAGAAGAAAAGGCUCUUUAAGCUGGGCUAUCUAGUAUUGUUGCUCUUCCUCUCCUUAUUUUGGUUGAUCUAUAGCGCACUGGACGAUCACGAAGAAUGAGGAUAGUCUCAUGUGGAAUUUUCACAUGUUCACGUGAUCUUCCAAUAAUGUUUGGGUUACGGGGAAUCCUGAUUUAUAUGCUUUGCUUUCAUUAUCUCGACUGAUUGGGUAUGAGGCAAGUUGCGCCUUUUCAGUCACUAUCAGGUCCUCCUCCCAUCUCUGUUUGGCUGUGCUGCUCUAUGCUAAGGAAUAUUCUCUUCCCUGUUCCAUCUCUGUCUUUGUGACGUUCCAAGCUCGAGCAGGGGUUACUCAUGGAAGUCCUUUCUGCCGAGGGUUGUAACUUACAUUAGAUUAAGCAUUUGUGCAUUAUUUAUUCUGCAAAGAGCUUUCAAUGUUGUUAGUUCUGGACCUACAAAUUCCAUGGGGAACAAGGACCUCACUUCUCAUAAUCACCAUGACUGUACUUGACUCUCUUGUUGGGCAAGUUAGAUGUGUUUGCCUCCAUAUUUGAAUCGGGAAACAUCAAAUUGGGCAA